GGCGGACCGGAAGUGUACGCGGAGAAAGUGGUCCGGCCUAAAUGAGCCGGUCGAUCUGCGUUGAGGAUGGAUGAGGAGGACACGAGAGAUUUCAGACAAGCCUGCAAACAAUGUUCUGUGAUUAACUGGGGGAUCUCAGAUGAAGGCAAGUUCUUUUGCAAGUCCUGCCAUAAUGUUAUUGAGAAAACGGCAGAUGUUUCCUCUGAGGUUUUUAUGCAAAAUGCAAGAGUGAACACUGUCUCCAAAGGACUAAAGAAAAGAAACAAACUUGAUCGAGGCUGUGAAUGGUACAUUUGUGAAGGCUUUCAGUACAUCUUGAACCAGCAAGCUAAGGCCUUAGUAGCUUUGGGGACUUCUCCACUGAUCAAAGAUGAAAUUCUGUGCAAUAUUUGGCGACGUUACUUGCAAAAAAACCAAAAUGCCUACACAAACAAACCAAUUGAUGUCUUCAGCAGAAAAAGAACGAUUUCAGAGAACAGUUCUGGUUCAUCAGGAUUGGAGACCAACUCAGAUUUGUCACUUUUACGUGGAUGGUCAUCAUUUUCUGAAAGUGAUCCUGAAAGUCAAGACAGUAGUAUUCAAUUAUCCAAUGAUGCAGUUGUAUCAGAUGAUGAAGCAACAUCUAUACGAUCAGGAUCUAUUGAUGGCCGUCUAUAUCGUCGUGCUGCUUGCCGUGAAAGAUUACUGAUGUCUAUGCCUUUGACACUGGCAUUUUGUUAUCUGGCACUGCUAUGGCUUCGAGAAUCAAUUACUCUUGCUGACUUGCUACGGUUUGUUUCAGAACAUCAUGUACCAUAUUUAAACACCUUCCAGUAUUUUCCUGAAGAGAUGAAACUCUAUGGACCCGAUAUCCGUAUCUUUCAAGUACAGUCCAUUCCAUCCUAUGAAGAAAUCCAAAGGAAGAUGCAUCAACUUGCCGAGUUUCUGAACAUGCCUCGUUUUCCUGAAAUAACUGAGAAGUGUUUUCUCCAUCCAGAUAUACUUUGUAUCAAGUAUUUGAUGGAAGCUAACUUGCCAGAGAGCAUGCAUAUUUGGACACGAAGAUUGGUGAAGAAAAUGGGUAUUGGAGAGAUGGACUUUCUGACCUUUCACCCAUUGUCUAGAGGAGCAAAGACAGUCAUGUAUGAAGUUCAGGCUGCAGCAGUAAUUGUGGUUGCCCUGAAACUGCUGUUUGUGCUUAAUGACAAACAUGAGUGGUUGCUAUCUAACAGCGCAGAUGAGAGAAACAAACAACAUAGUGAAGGUAUUAAACUCUUUCAGUUCAGAAAAUGGUACAAGGUAAUGAGACUCAGUUUGGAUGAAAGUGAGAAGGAAGUGGAAGAGCAGGCAGCCAGGCACUUGUGGAAAUGUGAAAAGCCACUAUUCUUUUCUGUAAAAGACAAGUCUGUAAUCUAUAAAAGGAAACGUAUGAUCCACAGUCUUAAGAAGCAAUUUGUCAGACUCACUAGUUCCCAUCAAACAAUGGAAAAGAGAGGACCUUCAAGUUUCAGGUUCAUUUGGAGCGAAGGCAACUUAGAGAGACCUUGUUUUCAUGGAGACAGCUUAGAAGCAUAUGGUGAUGAGAAAAGUAAAAAGAUCACAACUGUCAAUGAGUGCUACUGGAUCAGUUGUCUAAAGAUUUGCAAAAAUAAGAACUGUGGACACUUAACUAAGUCUGAAGAAAAAAAAUUUCCUGGAAGUUAUCUGUUUGUUCUAAAUUUGUUCUCCUUCCUGCUUGGAGUAGAGUUCUCUAUACUACAUCAGGAAGUUUGUCAGUUGGAACAGAGACUGUUUGAUGUACCAGAAGCAUCAAAGCUUAAAAGAAAGUGCAAGAAAACAAAAUAACUGAAGAGAGAAGACAACUUGGCACAAGCAACUCUUGAAUCUGAAAUUGACAACCUUUGAAUGUUGAGCUGUUUUAUUGUAGGUUGCUAGGAUUGCAGCAAAAUGAUUUUUAACAAGCUGAUGUAAAAACUCUGUUCCACUUCAAAUAAUAAACUGGUACUGUGGGAGGAAAAAAGUUCACGCUACAAUAACCCUCAGUGAAAGUUCUUUUACUUGUUUAUUUUGACCAUUUGUGGCAUGGAGGUCACAUUUCCAAAUCCAUUUUGCAAAGAGGAGCAUCAGUGCACAAUGUUAACAGCCAUGAUGAUUAUGCCUCCAUUAAAUCAGUCUGAUGACGAUGCAGUAGGAUAUAAAUUCUACUGCAGUUCAGCAUUUUUGUGCUAAGAUGGCAUAUUGUUGUUUUGACACAAGGUUAUAAUUAUGCUAAGGCUUUCAUAAGUAUUAGAUUCUUCAAAAAUAAGUAUUUUUCCUAAAUGUACCAAUGUCAUUUAUAAUUCAAUAAAGUUAUGAUUUUUAUAA